AUGGAAGGACAUAGACUCUCAUCCUACGGAAGACGCUUCGGCUCACAAACCACCUCUGCCCACCAUAGCUUGAGGUUCUUGCCAGGCCGCAGAUACUUUCCUCCAUCUCCCACUACCCAGUUCUCUGUCACUAAGCUGAAGACAGCCAGGCUAAGUUUCCAUUCUGGCCCCAAGUUCUCUGACAAGGUGGAUUUUUCUUUGGCGGAUGCUCUCAACAGUGAAUUCAAAGAGACCCGCACUAAUGAGAAGGUAGAAAUGAUGGAGCUGAACGACCGUUUUGCCAGCUACAUUGAAAAAGUUCGCUUCUUGGAGCAACAGAACAAAGUUCUUGUUGCUGAGCUCAAUCAACUUCGAGACAAAGAGCCCAAUAAAUUGGCUGACAUUUACCAGGAAGAGAUGAGGGAGCUACGUCAUGAAGUAGACCAACUCUCCAACUCUAAAGCCCGGCUGGAGAUUGAGAAAGACAACUUGCUGGAGGAUCUCAACAAUCUCAAGCAAAAAUUACAGGAUGAGAUUAAUCUGCGCCUUGAAGCUGAAAGCAAUUUGUCUUCCUACCGACAGGAUGUUGAUGCUGCUGCUUUAGCCCGGAUUGAUCUGGAACGCAAAAUUGAUUCAUUGCAGGAGGAGAUUAUAUUCCUAAAGAAAAUCCACGAUGAGGAACUGCGGGAGCUGCGGGAAUAUUUGCAGCAGCAACAGGUUCACAUUGAGAUGGACAUGACCAAGCCUGAUUUGACAACUGCCCUGCGUGAGAUCCGCAUCCAGUAUGAGUCCAUGGCCACAAACAAUAUGCAAGAGACUGAAGAAUGGUACAAGUCAAAGUUUGCAGAUUUGAGUGAUGCCGCAGCACGAAACAUUGAGGCACUGCGUCUAGCCAAGCAGGAAGCUAAUGAGUACCGCCGGCAACUGCAGGCCCUCACUUGUGAUCUGGAGUCUUUUAAAGGAUCGAAUGAAUCUUUGGAGAGACAACUGAGAGAGAUGGAAGACCGCUAUACUCUUGAGACUACCAACUAUCAUGACACAGUGAUUCGGUUGGAAGAAGACAGUCGGAACUUAAAACAGGAAAUGGCUCGUCAUCUCCAGGAAUACCAAGAGCUCCUCAAUGUCAAGCUGGCAUUAGAUAUUGAGAUUGCUACUUACCGCAAACUCUUGGAGGGAGAAGAGGGCAGGAUUACUAUCCCAGUACAGACUUUUUCCAACCUUCAGAUCCGAGAAACCAGCCUUGACACAAAGUCAGUUUCUGAGGCUCGUCUGAAGAGGAGCAUUGUGAUCAGAACAGUGGAAGCUAGAGAUGGAGAGGUGAUCAAGGAGUCCACCCAAGAACAGAAGGAAGUAGCAUGA